AUGGGUUCCGCUUUGUCCUGUCUCUCGGACCCUUCAAAGGCCGACAACAACAAACCCGCCGCUGCUCCGGCCGCAGCUGGUGCCGGAGGUGCCGCUCACGCUGCCGCCAACCCCACCAACGCCAAUGCGCCUGCUCGGGAGCCUGCACAUGUUCCCAGAAGGCUGCGGGAGCCGCCGGCACCGUUGCUGCGACGUCAGCUUGUGAAUGCCAAGCUGGAGGCCAGUGUCGCUGCCCGUCAGGAAGUUGCACGUGUUCGCAAAAGGCCACUGGUGCCGCCGCCGCCGCAACCGCUCCUUCGACUUGCCAAUGCCAAUCGGGAGGCCAGUGUGGCUGCUCAGGCGCCUGUACCUGCUCACAGACGAAGACUGCCGCGUGCGCCCGUUUUCGGCUGGAUCGUCGUCAUCCGUGGUCUGCCCACUGAACUGGGCCCACCGGUGGACGGGUUUGGGGUGCGGGUCGUGACGUCGACGCGAUUCUGCCUCGAGUCUCGUCAACCUGACCUCUAG